AGCCAUAGAAAUCCAUAUUUUCCAUUGUUAGUUCUUAAUUUCUUCAUCUCUAAAUAUGAGCAACGUCCCCCAGCAUGAUUCUUCUUAUUACCCUCCUCCUCAACCUAAGCCUCAAGCUAUCUAUCAAGGACCUGUGAUGGUACCUCCUGAGAAUGCUGUACCUCCCCCCGCGGCCGCCAAGCAAGACCUUAGUUUCUUGCAGGGAUGCCUUGCAGCUUUGUGUUGCUGUUGGCUCUGUGAAGACUGCUGCUGCGACCCAACUGCGAUGUGUUGCACCUAAACCACCAUAACCAGUAAAAUAUGUUCGUGGCCUAAUGCCAUGAUACAUGCUUAGUAGAUUCAAAACCAUUAUCUGUGUCUUUUUCUCCUUUUCACAACAUGAAUAACAUUACACAAUUCCAAUAUGUAUUUUCUCCUCUUUUAUAGUGUGUUGUUGUUGGGUCUUUUAUAGUGUUGCUUUUCACAAUAACUUGGAUUGACAAUUUGUUUAGGAUAAGUUUCAAUACGGUUAAAUAAAAGUACAAAUUUGGU